UUUAUAUUUAUUAUCUUUAUCUCUUGAGAAAUUAAAGUGGAUUGGUUAUACUUAUUGCAUAUUUCAUUCCACGCAAGAUCUUUAUCUUUUAGCGUUGUGCUAUCGCUUUUUUUAAUUUCAAUUAUAUGUUUGUAUUCAGUGAGGAUUUGCAAAAAUACUUUACGUUCUAAAGCCCUAUAAUGUUUAUUUUUACUGGGGAGAUUAGAUUUCUCCAUAGUGCAUGACAUUCAAUAAGUAAAAUUAUAUUUAUUAAUAACUUUUUACAAAUAAGUAAUUAUCAUUAAACAAUAGAAUUAUCUUUUAAUAAUCUUUUAUUAAAUGUAUGGCUCCAAACGGAUUUAAACUUACCCUAAAUGCACACGUACAGGACACGUCAAAGCGUUAUGCGUGGUAAGAUAGCCAAUUCUUUUGCUUUUACGAAAAAAAUUAAGAGAGCAAAAAAAUGAUCGGUUUCUUCGCCUCACGUAACGAAUUGUGCUGGAGGCUAUUUUAUCGGCAAUUUUAUCACGCAGUGUAAAAUGUGGAUCACAGCAAAAACUGAGAGACAUCACGGUGGAAGACGUGAAAAGGGACGGUAUCUCAAAGGAUUCGACCGGCAUAAUUCGGAACAUAAGCGAACAUACAAAUUUGUAAGAACUCUGCUUAACGCAGCUCAGCUAGAGUGCGCUGAAUGUGUCAACAUUGGUUUAUCUUGAGCGCCUACUUGUGCAGAGAAAAAGCAUAACCUCAGCCAACAGGAAGCAAAUUAUGCUGAUGAAGACUAUUUUAUUGGCUAUUUUAUCAGGGAGUGUGAAAUGUGGAUUACUCUCAAAUACUGAGAGACAUCACAGUGGAAGACGUAGUGACAGUGUCUCAAAGGAUUACGACAGACAUAAUCCGGAACAUAAACGGAAAUAUAAUUAUAUAAAAACUGUGUUUAACACAGCUCAGCUAGUCGCUGAAUGUGCCAUCAUUACGUUGAUUUAUCUUAAAUGUGUAAUUACUUAUGCAAAAAUAGAUAUAACAACUGCCAACUGGAAACGAAUAGUGCUGGGAGCUAUUUUAUUGGUAUCUACAGUUCGAAAUGAUCAGGCAGUGCUGAAUGUGGAUUAUUGUCAAAUAUUGAAAGACAUCACAGUGGAAGACAUGAUGCAAUGAUGGACUCUGAGGCUUUAGCCAUGUAUUUGCAAAAGAGAAGAGUUAAUGAGAACACAAUUAAUGUUUUACUCAAUAUGUAUCAGUUUGAUAAGACAGACAAGUAAUGUAAGCGUAAUAAUAUUGUUCACGUUAUUUUCUUUCAAGUCUUGUUAAUUUACUUGAAUAUGUCUAGUAGUUGGUUAAUUUUAGGUAAACAAAGUAUUAUUUUAUUUCAGAUCUUUGCUUGUGAAUUUAUUUUAAUAUCUGUCGGUUGGUUAAUUUUAGGCCUCUAAACAAAGUACUUCUUGUUAUUGUUUACAAUCAAACAGUGUCAUCAAUGGAAGGCUUUACUUGUUCAAUGUGUCAUAAUUUAUUUUGGAUGGGUUGAAACGUUUCACAGCGCAUUUAAGACAUUCACACAGUUUGUCUGUAUCAGCUCCUUAUAGUUUUGGAUAUUAAUGUGGACAAGAUGAGUGUAAAUGUGUGUUUAAAAAUUUCAAAAGUUUGGUUAGACAUUUUCGUGUUAACUACCCAAUUUAAAAAAAUAAAAAUAACGAGUCAUCUUUAUUUCAAAAUUAUAUGGAGGUAGACUCUAAUAUGGAGGUAGAGACUAAAGAUUCUGAGCAAGGUAGUCAUUGUAAUGUGCCUGAGGGUAACAACCCUAAAGAUAGACCUCAAGAAGUAUUCAGUAUAUCAAGAGAGCAAAAAUGGUUGCUAAUCUUAGAUCCAAAAGCAUUUGUCACCGGGGCUUCUUUGACUCAAGCUUUCAUGGCAACAGAGGUUUUUAUUUGCAACAUUGCAAAUAUUUUUAAACAAGAAGUUAUGAAUUAUUUUUCAACUAAAGAUAUAUCCUUUAAUCAGGCUGAUAUUUAGAGUUUACUAUCUAAGUUUGAGAUUUCUGCUCCUCUUGACAAAUUUUUAUCUAUUAAAGAGCAAGUAAAAGCUUUAAAAAUGUACUAUUGGUUUGUAGACUCCGUUAAGAUUCCACUUGGAGACCGUUGUGAAUCAGUGCUGAAUAGACAAUCUGGUGAAUACAAAUCAAAGUUGGUUAUUGAAAAUUGUCAAUAUGUUUCAAUAAUUGAGAGUCUUAAAUUAAUACCUUCUCACUCAAGUGUUAGAAAAUACAUUGAAGAAGAAUCUUCUUCUUCAGAUGAUUUCUGAGGAGUUUCAGAGAUGGGGAGAGCUUUAAAAGAAGUUCUUUUUUCUCAGAGAUAUCCACAAGCAUUAAGAAUCCAAUUAUAUUAUGACGAUAUGACUUGUAAACAAUCCUCUAGGAAGUAAAACAUCAGCUCACAAAUUAGGAGCAUUUUACUUUACUAUUCAAAAUUUGCUUCCUCAUCUGCAAUCAUUUAUGGGAGAAGUUCAAAUUUUAGGAAUUUGCUACACAGCUGAUGUUACCAAGUAUGGUUUUGAGGAAAUUUUAAGACCAUUUCUUGAUGAUUUACAUAAGCUGGAAAGUGAAGAAGGGGUUAUGGUGAGUUUUGAUGGAGAACAGUUUGUAUUGAGGGCCACCAUAGCUUGUGUCGUCGCUGAUGGCUUGGCUGCAUAUCAGAUGUUCGGAUUCUUGGGUUCUUCUGCUAAUCACUUCCGUCGUUCAUGCAUGAUACACAGAUCUGAUUUCCUAAAGGGAAAAGUAGCAAUUAAAACUCUAAGAACGAGAGAAUUGUAUAAUGAACAAGUACGGAAAGUCAAAUCAAAGCUAUUGACCGAUACUGAAACGGGUUUGGCAGAAAAUAGUGCAUUACAUAGAAGUCGUUUUUGGCACUGUGCAGACAAUUCUGUUUUUGAUUCAAUGCAUGACAUUUGGCAAGGUAUUGCACCUGUAAUUCUUAAGCACGUAAUCAAACAUUUUAUUAAGAGAGAAAAUGGAUAUAACCUUACUUUGACUGAGCUAAACAACCGAAUACAGAUGUUUCAGUACGGUAUGCCAGAAAAGAAAAAUAAGCCGUCACCUAAUUUUACUCUAAAUAAUUUUUACAGUGAUAACCCGAUUCAGCAGAAAGUUGUGCAGACGUGGUGUCUCUUGAGAAUAUUUCUUUUCUUGGUCUCUGAUAAAGUACCUAAAGGAGACAAAUACCUCCAUCUUAUUUUUCUUUUAAAUAGAAUUAGUGAAAUAGUCUUUAUUCCAAUUGCUUCCCCAUCUCAAGCCCCUUACUUACAGGACUUAGUAUUGGAAUUUGUCUCAAGUUUUAAGGAGUUAUUCCCUAAUGUUGCACUUAUAAACAAAUUCCAUCAUUUAAUGCAUUAUUGGGAAUAUUUGUUAAAGUCUGGACCACUUAAAUCCAUAGUAUGCCUGCGCUAUGAAGCAAAACAUAGCAUAUUCAAAAAAUAUAAAAGUCAAUGCUGCAACUUCAAAAAUUUAUCUUUUAGCAUGAUCCGCCUGAGUCAAAUUUCAUAAUGUGUCACUUGGGAUUCUAAUGAUUCUCCAAGGAAGAAAAUAAUCUCUUUGUAACGAUACGCCCUUCCACCGUCCGUGCGCCUCCGUUCAGUCCACCGAACGACGAACGCCUAGCGUAGCAGGGGACUACGUGCGCGCACGACCGAACUUCGCCGUGUGACCGUGCAGCGACACGCGCGCCGAUCGUGGCGUUCCAUAACGCUCCCACUCCGCUUGGCCGACCGAGCGCGCGGAUUGGCUUGCCCAGCCGCGCGUUCGGAUAUAUAAGCCGGCAGUGGGAACGCAUAAGGCAGAUCCGUCCGACUAUCCGACUCGUCCACAGACCUAGCAUUCUCGAUCACUUCCUUAAGACGAGCAUUCUCGUCGCAUUCCGAUAUCCUCGACGGGCAUUCCCAUCGGUAUCCCCGGCCGAGUAUCCUCGACCAA